AUGCAGCUGGCAAGGGAAGCUCUGGACAUCCACAUCAGUUGCCUCUACCAGGGCGACAAAGCGUUGCUUCCCACAUAUCGGCUCGAGGAGAUCAACAUACAGGACGGCGCUGUUCUGACGGGAGUGGCCAGAAAACUCCAGUUGCUCUCCGACUUUGAAGCCUUCGUCGAUGGGGGGGCUUGGCGUCUUUCGCUCGCAUCCGAAAAUGCAGGCGUCUUCCUGGCUGUGCUUCCUGAUGGGCAGGUGGUUUCUUGGGGUGGCCGGGCCUGCUCCGAGCUGUUCUGCGAGAACCUGCGAGAUAUCGCGCAGCUGAAGUCUAGUUUGGAUGCCUGCGCUGCCCUGAAGCGGGAUGGCACGGUGUCUUGCUGGGGCCUGAAAUCGAGCUGUAGCAAAGCUGAGGUUUCAGAUCGACUGCAGGGGGUCAGGAGCCUCUUCGCGACGUCCAGGUCUUUCGCUGCGCUUCGGACGGAUGGUGCAGUAGUGGUCUGGGGUGGCGCACUCGGCCUCGAGAAUUUCGGAGGAGAUGACUCCAAGGUCCGAGAUGAGCUGACAGGCGUACGGGAUAUCUGCUCUUCCGCAAGUGCUUUUGCAGCUCUGCGGGAGGAUGGGACUGUGGUCACUUGGGGCAACAGCUGCGAAGGCGGUGACAGCAGCCGCGUGAAGGGUGAGCUGACGAACGUAGUGGCCCUCCGGGCCACGCGCCGGGCCUUUGCAGCUCUGAGGAGCGACGGCUCAGUUGUGACCUGGGGAGCCAUCACUGAAGGAGGCGGCAGCUUCGCUGUUCAAGACCAACUGCACAAAGUUUCGGACAUCCAAGCAACUGAAGCUGCCUUUGCUGCUUUGAAGUCCGAUGGUUCGGUGGUGUCCUGGGGGGAAGCGGGACUCGGGGGCGACUGUACAGCUGUGCAAGAGCGGUUGAAGGACGUGGCAUCGCUGCAUGCCAAUGACUGUGCCUUCGCCGCCCUCCUUCGCGAGGGUUCGCUAGUGACCUGGGGCGAUCAGACUGGUGGGGGUGGCUCCGCUCGGGUCCAAGGACAGCUCCGAAACAUCGUGGACGUCCGUGCCUUCCGCAGAUCCUUCGUGGCGCUGCGGGCGGAUCGGGCCGCCAUCUGUUGGGGCCACUGUGAGUUUACCAUGAACGGGGUCGUGGACAUUCAAGGCAAUGCCUUAGGCUUCGCGGCUUUGAAGCCUGACAACUCCGUAGCCUUUUUUGGGCCAAGUGCAUAUAGCCGCGGGUUCUUCGAAGCUGUGGAAGACCAGCUCCAAGAAGUUGCGGCCCUUCACGUCACCGCCGGUGCCUUCGCGGCUCUGCGCUCGGAUGGCUCCGUGGUGACCUGGGGCACUUGGAAGGGCGGAGGCGACAGCAGCGAGGUGCAAGAACGCCUGCGCGGCUAA